CGCCAUGCUUUUUUUUUAAUUUUUCUUUUUCGGCUUCUUUUUUUUAAUUAAAAAAAACAAACGCCUAUCUAUUCUCGGACGGAUGAAAAAUAGUGUUUUCGAUGAUGAAAGUGUUGAAAUUUUUCACAUAUUUGCAGUUAUUCAAUGUAAAUGAACAGUUUCCAGAUUUAUGAGACGAUUAUAUGUUGACUUGUCAGCACAAUCAAUAAUAUCAAAUACCUUUUUUGCAGUGUUUCCAACGCCAUAGUCUAAGAGUGUUUAACAACAACAAUGGCUGAACCACAAGAAGAGCGUUUUGUAAACGUUAUUCCAAUGCCGACUUCUCGCGCCAAAGUUAAGAAAGAAAUAUUUCAUGAUAAUGACGAUGAAUUCCACUGCCGACUCUGCUGGAAAGGGUUUGCCAGUGAGGUAGCACUCCGGAACCAUGCUCGCAUGGAGCAUAUUGAUGCUUAUGCUUCCGGAAACCCUGCGGUUUGGACUCAUGCCAAUGACAAGAAAAAACCACAAACAGAGGACAAUAUAAUCAAGCUGAAGACAGAACAGGUGCUGUCAGAGAUGGAGCCGACCAGCGUUAUGACUCUAGCUUCCAAUGAUGUCAGCUACAUCAUCAUCAAAGCCGAUGAAGGUCCGGAAACCAAGAAGAAGAGGGUCGAACGAGUUGUUAAGAAGGAGAAGGUAGUGAAAGAGGAAAAACAGGCGCCGAAGAAGGAUAAAACUGAGCCUAUCACCGGCCCCUUCGAAUGCCUACAACCUUCAACCCUGGUAGCAGAUGGAACCUGCCACCAGAUCUUUUUCUCAUGCUGCGAGUACUCUGCCCACUACCGGGACGAACAUACACGUCGUAGGAAGGGACUCCGCUGCCAAGUCUGCGAGAAACCACUCGCUUGCAGCGGGGAGGAGGCGCCGACGCCCUAUGCAUGCGAGGUGUGUGGCCUCGGUUUACAGACCAGCAAGGAGUUGUCCCAGCACACAGCGAUAGCUCAUGUCAAGCUAAAGCCCUUCGAGUGCAACGUCUGCCAUAAACGGUUCACUCAGCAUGGUGGAGUACUUCAACACAUGAGAAUGCAUACCGGAGACCGGCCGUUCCCCUGCACCUUCUGCCCUAAGGCCUUCACCCAGAAAUCAGGCCUCGACCAACACCUCCGCAUACACACCAAAGUCAAACCAUACCGAUGUGUUGUUUGCAGCAAGACAUUCUGCCAAUCCGUACAUCUCAAGCAACACAUGCGAACACAUACCAAUGUAGCACCGUUCCAGUGUGGGAUAUGCGAUAAGCGCUUUAAACAGAGUAGCCAUUUGAACUACCAUCUGAAGAAUCAUAACCCAGCCGUUAUGACAGAAGAGCAAAGAGCGAAGUACUCUGAACUGAUUGGUAUGAUGAACAACCAAGUUUUGGAGCAAGAAGCUACCGUGCAAGUGGAAACUGAGAUUGAUAGUGAAUGGUGUGUCGCUAUCGCUGAAAGCUGAAGAUGUAGUGUUUAAAAAGUGCUUAAGGAACUGUUCAUAGUGAUUUUGUGAAGUUCAAGUGUAAACAAACAGUGAUUCGUGUAGUAUAGUGAUUGUAGCAUGGACUGUUGAGGCGAUGCAUACUUAGGUAUCGUCAUGAGCUAAUGGUGACAUGUAAACAGUGACUCAUGUAGUGUGGAGAUUGUCCAGUCAACUGA